AUGACGCCGUUUCGGGUGUUGUCUCGGGCAUCGCGUCGGCUCCCGAAGCCUUCGCUCCCUCGCUCCCAUCUCUCCGCCGUCUCUACCUAUCAGCCAACCGCCAAACCGAAUUACCCUAAUACCCCUUUGAUCCCAUUCGAUCACAAGCACCGUUGGAUUCCCAGUUAUCUGGAUUCUGAUCUCAGGUUCGUAGCGCACUUAUCGGGCUCGUCUUCAUCGAACAAGGACGAGAAUCAUCGGGUCGGGGAUGACCCGAAACCUGAAGCAUCUUGGAUCGAUGUGUAUUUGCCCAGGCAGGCCCGCCCUUAUGCGAAGCUCGCUCGUCUCGACAAGCCCAUUGGCACCUGGUUGCUUGCUUGGCCUUGUAUGUGGUCAAUAACAUUGGCAGCAAGCCCGGGUUAUCUUCCGGAUAUUAAGAUGUUGACAUUGUUUGGAUGUGGGGCUUUGCUUCUAAGGGGUGCCGGAUGUACCGUGAAUGAUCUCCUCGAUCGCGAUAUUGACACUAUGGUUGAACGUACAAAGUUGCGGCCAGUUGCAAGUGGUCUCGUGACACCUUUUGAAGGGUUGUGUUUUCUCGGAUUUCAAUUGCUUUUGGGUCUUGGAAUUCUACUUCAACUGAAUAAUUAUAGCCGUGUUUUGGGGGCUUCGUCUUUGUUGCUAGUUUUCUCCUAUCCCCUCAUGAAGAGGUUCACAUUCUGGCCUCAAGCAUACCUAGGUUUGACCUUUAACUGGGGAGCUUUGUUAGGAUGGGCUGCAGUUAAAGGAAGCAUUGAUCCAGCCAUAGUACUUCCAUUGUACAUAUCUGGAGUAUUUUGGACACUUGUGUAUGAUACAAUAUAUGCACAUCAGGAUAAAGAAGACGAUCUGAAGGUUGGUGUCAAAUCUACCGCUUUGAGGUUUGGUGAUUCAACAAAGGAGUGGAUUGCUGGGUUUGGAAUCCUGUGCAUCUGUAGUCUUGCCCUCAGUGGAUAUAAUGCCGAAAUUGGCUGGCCAUAUUAUGCACUUUUGGCGGCUGCAUCUGGACAAUUAGCUUGGCAAAUAUGGACAGUUGACCUUUCAUCCCGGAUUGAUUGCAAUAGAAAGUUUGUGUCGAACAAGUGGUUUGGUGCUAUUAUUUGCAGUGGAAUCUUAUUGGGAAGACUUUCAUCAUAGGGGUGUUUUGUGCGGUGCUGCUUGUUGAAUAUGCAAAGGAAGAUCCCAGAUUGAGUACUAAAACGAAGGUAGCAAAACGAUCGCUAUGGAAGCAUUCAAAGUGCAAGGAUCUGUAGGUCACAUCUUUAGUCAACUGAGAUACUUUUACUUAAAACUAAUUUUUAGUCAAGAAUUGAGAUACAUAUACUUUCAUUAGUCAAGAAUUGAGAUACAUAUACUUCAAAGUACAGUAUACCUUUUCCUUGGGGGUGUUUGAAAUUAAAUGUAUUCUUCCUUUUAUAGGAGUCAAAA